AUGGACAUUGAAAACGAAGAAGAGUUCAAAUGGGACGAAGUUGUCGCCGCCGACACAAUCACACCGACUCACAAACUUUCUCCGGACGUUCUUGAAAUAUUGAAAAAGAAUGGCAUCGAUCAAUUAUACCCGAUGCAAGAAGUCAUUCUCGAAUUCAUAUCGUCCACUGAAACUGAUAUUGCCGUUCGCGCCCCAACAGGAAGUGGUAAAACAUUGUCGUAUACUAUUCCGAUGUUUGAGUAUGUUAAUCCGUUGAUCCAACACGUCCAAGUGAUUGUCUUAACCCCGACAUACCCAUUAGCGGUUCAAGUUGCGAAUGUCAUUCGACCACUCAUGUCGACAAUUAAAGUCUCAGUGAAGUGUUUUGGCGAAGGUUCGAUCGACUCUGAAAAUUACUGUUCAUCGCAAAUAGUCGUCACAACUAACUUCCGUCUAGUCAGUCACUUGGCAAACAAAACGUUGGACCUCCGUUGGCUGUCCACAGUCAUCUAUGACGAGACAGACAAGUUGCUGACACACCCAUUAAUGCACUCGAUGGUCGAAAUGCUCAAACCCUCUUUUGUUCCCCCACAUCUCCUUUGUGUGAUUAACGACCCUGAGAAAAGUGUUAUCGAACCAUCGGGAUUGGGCAUUCCAUUCCGGUCGAUGCUGUUCUCGGCGACUUUAUCGUCGUCUCCGCGGUUCUUUAAAAUCCUCAAGAUGAAUCGGCCGAUGCUUCUGGACUUCCAGUCGUCUUUUGAGAGGAAAGAAGACGACCAGAAGUACACGUUGAACAAACAGAUCACUAAUAUAGUCACCGGGAUAUCAUCGAUGUCACGCGAUGUUGUUCUUCUUGCACUUUUGAAAGACACGAGCAAACGGUACAUCGUGUUUUGUAACUCAACGGUGCGAGCGUUUUUGGUGUUCAAAUUAAUUCGAGCGAUGGGAGAGUACUUCCACCUUGAGAAGAAUAAAGUCCAAUGCUGUCACGGGAUGAUGAACCCAAAGAAGAAAGUGAAGCUGUUGCAACGCUUUGAAAGCAAACAGGUCUCUAUCUUCGUCACAACAGACACACUCAGUCGUGGUAUCGACUAUAAAGACGUCGAUAUGGUUAUUAACUACGACGCUCCAAAUACUACUGCACUUUAUGUCCAUCGCGCCGGUAGGUGUGGAAGAUCCCAAAAAGCUGGGUGUUGCCAUUCCUUGAUAUAUAAAGAAGAAGAGCCAACAAUUAAGAAAAGUAUUUACUCCUCAGGCGGAAAGCCUAUUUUUAGACCCGUCGAUGUCCCUCAAGAUUUGAAAGACGCAUACAAAAAGGCCGCUGAUGAAAUUGAAAACGACAAAUCAGUCAUCGAAUUCACCAAAAAUAAAAAGUGA